UAUAUUUAGUAUUUACCUAUAAAAUAUUAAUUAAAUGUAUAUAAAUUGACAUAAAUAUGAUUGAAAUAACAGGAAAAUUAUCAAAAGGCUUGGUUUAUUUUACUGGUGAAGAUAUUGAGUGUCUUAUAACAUUUACAAAUCCACCAACUCCAUCUCAUCAAAAAUCACAAAGUCACAAUGAUUCAUUUGAAAAUUUGGCUUGGGCCAGUGCACAAGUACAUUGUCAAUGUUCAACCAAUAGUAAAAUAAUAAAUACAGAAAAAAAUAAAACAACAACAACAACACCACAACCAACAGCUGUUAAUGCCAGUACAACAACAUUUGCACCUUGGCAACAAGACAGUGGUCAUGCAGUUGUUAAUACAACUCCAAAAAUAUUAUUUUGUGAUUUGAGAUUAUCACCUGGAGAGAGUAAAACAUAUAUUUAUAGAGAAACAAUUCCUGCUGAUUCUCCACCAUCAUAUCGAGGACAAUCUGUUAAAUAUUCAUAUAAAAUAACAAUUGGCACACAGAGAGUCAAUACACCAAUUAAAUUACUUCGUGUACCAUUUAGAGUUCUUUCAUUGAGUGAAUUACCCGAAGUAGCAAUAUGCAAUGACAGUGUUGAUUUGAGUCCAAAUAAUCCAUUUAUGGAAACUCAAGAAAGAGAAAAACCUCUAGACAUAGCUCUACAAACACUUCAAAAUGUAACUGCAAGACGCAGUCCAAAUUUUUAUAAUAUAACAAAUGGACGAGGACGUGUAGUACGUUUUUGUUUAUUUAAAAAUUCUUAUAAAUUGGGAGAAGAUAUUGUUGGAACAUUUGAUUUUUCAAAUGCAACAGUAUCAUGUGCCCAAGUAUCUGUAUCUUUACAAUCAGAAGAACAUAUUACAGAUGAAUUUAGACAAAGUAAAAUAUCAUCUCCAAAUUUAGUUAAUUACAAUAGGCAUCAUGAGGUUUGUCUUGGAUUGAAAUAUUCACAGCUUGUAUUACCAAUUCCUCUUCAUGUAACACCAGAUUUUACAACAGAUAUUGUUAUAUUAAAAUGGCGUUUACAUUUUGAAUUUGUAACAACACCAAAACUCAUUGAAAUGCCAAAUGAAACAACCCAACAAUGGCAAGGACCAUCGAGUCUUGAUGUUGAAACAAUGGUAUGGGAUUUACCACUUCAUAUUUAUCCAUCAAUUGCCACAACAAAUUACGUUCAACAAACAAAAUACAAUAUUGUUAUAUAA